CGCGCCAGAGAACGCACGGGAAAUAUUCUAACCGGUGGAAAAUUGUCACGGUUUUACGUUAGAUUUCUUUUCUGGGCUGAGAUUGCAAACUUUACAUACAUUUUCCAAAAAUACGAUUUAUUACCUAGAAAAGAAAUGAAAGGGUUGCAAGUGCAAUGUCUUUACUUUCUUGUGUUAAAUGCAGUAUUUUAUGUGACGUCUUUGGAAGAGGGGAACUCUGUUUCUACGCUUGGUGAGUAGCCAAUUGACAAAAAAACGUUUCUGCAUUGUUUUGCGGUCUGAUAAAAUCUGUUUGCAUUUGUGCUGCUUAAGUGAAAUAUUUUUUUGAAGAAUCGAAUCUUUCAAAUAAUUCAUUAAUGUAGUUGACAGCCUACAUAUACUGCCACUUAUAGUAAGGCUACUAUAAACAGUACAUUUUCGGGAAGUGCUAUAAUAACAGACUACAAAUGAGUUUGUGAUGACUUAGACUACAUUGUUAGUAUAGGAUAUGAUGACUAAAGUAUAAGGCUGAACGCCCAUUCAUUCAUACUCUAUUUGAGUAAUGUUACUAUAGGGAUUGAAGAAACGUUGUGUUCUAAUGUUGAUGCAUAUUGGACAUAUAAGAACAGACAAAAUUGAUAGGCUACAUAAUCUCAAAUAUAUAUGUAUUUUUUCCCCUUAAAAAAAAUAAUAAUCUAGGUUUUCUUCAGCAAAGCUGAAGUAGGACAUAGAUGUAGUCAGUUUAUGCAUAUGAAUACAUAGUCUAUUGUUUAUUUUCAUUAUUAGAAAUAUAAUGUAGUUAUUAUGUCUGCUUUAACCUUCAUGGAAUAUGCAACCUCCAUUCAUUACAGUGCAGUAGCCUUGGCUUAGGAGUCAGCUGACCCAUUGGGAACACAGCUACUUUGAAUCCAUGUGGGAUUUUUCAGAGCUAGAGGAACAAAGCUGGGAAAACUUGUGGUUUCUAUAGGGUCUGUCUGACCGACUGAACCCUAGUAGCCAGGGCCUGAUUAAUGCAGGGGCUUACAGGGGCUGAAACCCCGGGGCCCAAGCCCGGAAAUGUAUAUGAUUUGUUAAUCUGACCCUGCUAGUAACCCCCCAGUCAGACGUUCCCACCACCACCUAUGUGGUUAAAGAUUAGAAACAGCACGGAUGGAUCUAAAGAUCUAACAAUCCAUUGGCCGUCAGCUAGAGGCUUCCAUUCUCUCUUUACUGCAAUGGUAUCUUCAAACACUUAGUAAUGAAUUUUCCAAAAUUUCUUAAGCAUAUGUUUUGUUUACUUUCCUCUCUCAGAUAAUUUCAUGGACAACCUCAAGGACUUGAUUCAAAACAAGGAACCCACCCCUCAUGCCCAUGCCAAAUUCUCCCUCCGGAAGCCUUUGAUGCCGGAAGAUGACAUCUGCUACAUCAUCCCCGGCAACCCGGAAUCUCUCAAAGAAUGCACUUUCAACAGCACCUCCAAAACCUUCCUUGUGAUCCACGGCUGGACGGUAAGCCCCUCCAACCUGUAGCAGCAUGUCUGUGACAUUAAGUGCUUAACAACUAUUGCUCAAGGAAUUGGAUUCCCCCGUCAAUAACACCAUUCGUUCUUUCCAUCUGCCUCAACAGGUGAGUGGCUUGUUUGAGAGCUGGGUGGCCAAGCUGGUGUCGGCGCUGUACAAGAGAGAGCAGGAAGCCAAUGUGAUCGUGGUGGACUGGCUGUACACAGCCCAGAACCACUAUCCAGUAGCCGCCCAGAACACCAAGAUGGUGGGAGAAGAGAUAGCUCGCUUCAUUGACUGGCUGGAGGUUUGUACAAUGACUCAACAUCUAAGACACUGCAGUGUUUCUCAGAUAAAGCAUGAAUAACAUAUUUUAAACAAAAGGUAUAAAGAGUUACAGUAUAUUGUUUAAUAUGGCAAUGAACUUGACACUUUACUCCAAUGUGUUUCCAAGGAGGCAACCAACAUCCCUCUUGAAAACCUCCACCUCAUUGGCUACAGUCUGGGUGCUCAUGUGGCAGGAUUCGCUGGGAGCCACGCCUCCAAUAAAGUGGGCAGAAUAACUGGUAAAUAUAACGUCUUAUAGAGAAACAUAGACAAGAUGAUAGCACUGUUGCUAAUCAUUGAUUGACUCUUUGGCCUGUACCAACUUUCAUUCAUUGGCCCUUGGCUUGUUCUACUCCUCACUGAUUGGUCCCCUUCUCUUUACAGGUCUUGACCCUGCCGGUCCAGACUUCGAGGGGGAGCACGCUCACCGCCGCCUGUCCCCAGAUGAUGCCCACUUUGUGGAUGUUCUCCACACGUUCACGCAGGGCUCUCUGGGCUUUAGCAUCGGCAUCCAGCAGCCUAUAGGCCAUGUGGACAUCUACCCCAAUGGAGGCAGCUUCCAGCCAGGCUGCAAUCUGCAAGGCACCCUGGAAACAAUAUCCAAAUUUGGCCUCUUUGGUGAGAAUCACAUCUUGAUAUUUUAGUGUGUCAUUCUAUACAAUUGGUUAAAUAUUAGACAUAUAACAACAUUCACAAUCACUUUCCACACAAUGACUCUGUUGUCAAUCUGGGUACUGAGUUAUCAUUGGCUAAGUCAGACAUGUAAUUGUCUGCUUGCAACUUAUUCGAAGAUGGCAGGGCUUGUGAACAAGGAACAAUAGUGUGGUCAAGUCGGUACAACCUGACGUACAUCAACAUGACAUCAGUUGCAGUAACUGUGCAGCUAGUCACUAAUCUGACUUUACGUCUAACAUCAGCCUGACAAAGGCCUAUUCAGGACCGCAAACAUCACGGCUAGAGAAAAUCCCUUCAGAAGGUCACCAACAACAUCACUCCUAUUGUAGCUCCCCAGAUAAAAGGUUGAUAUAACUCUAUCUAUAAUGGUAAUGCUAGGGAAUGGAACUUUAUCAGGAUUAGUGAUAUACUACUAGAUACAUCUACUUGUUAUCAUUUGAUUGCCUGUCCUCCAAUUGAGAUAAUCUCAACUCUGGUUUUUAAUGCGGACCAGUGAUGCAACUAUCCCCUUUAUGUUCCUAGCUAUCAAUGAUGUUCCCAGGUGUUCCCACGAGCGCUCCAUCCACCUGUUCAUCGACUCCCUGGUUAACGAGCAGGAGGCCAGCAUGGUGUACCGCUGCGGGAGCAACGAUAUGUUCGACCGAGGAAUGUGCCUCAGCUGCCGCAAGAACCACUGUAACACCGUGGGCUACGAUAUCAGCAAGGUCCGCAAGACACGUAGCAUCAAGAUGUACACCAAGACCAGGGCCUCCAUGCCGUUCAGAGUCUAUCACUACCAGGUGAAGAUCCACUUCUCCAGCAAGGUGAACAGGUCUGAGAUGGAGCCUUCACUGACAGUCUCUCUGAUUGGAACCAAAGGAGAGGUUGAAGACCUCAAACUGACACUGUGAGUACCUGCUCCAACAAGCAGUUAAACCCUAAACCAUACAACAAACCACAUGCUAGUACAUCAACAUGAUAAGACACCUGAUACAAUUUCUCAUGUUUAUGAUAACAUUAAUCUUUACGGUCUAUAGUUCAAGUUCUAGUGCUACUGUAGUCUAUGCUUAGACAUGACACCUUCACUCGGAGAGGUAAAUGAGUUCUUAUGAAGUGAGUUGACAAUAAUCAGUUGAGCCUCUAUGCUCUUUCUCAUUGGCAGAAAGGAGAAGAUAACAACCAAUAAGACCCAUUCCUUCCUGCUGGUAGCAGAGAAAGACAUUGGUGACCUCCUAAUGGUGAAAUUCAAGUGGGAGGAGUCUACUAGCUGGUCUGCCUCGUUCAUGCUCAACAUGGUGUCUUCCUGGUGGUCAGGUGACAAUGCGGAGUCUGAAGUGGAGGUCCACAAAAUACGCAUCAGAGUCGGGGAGACGCAAAAAAAGUUCGUUUUAAGAGGCCUAAUUUCUUUAAUAUCAUGAAACAGAGACAAUUUUUAUCCAUACAAACAUCAGAAAUAUAAUAGUUUUUGAAAUAAAGUGCAAAACAAUUAUCUAUUAUUUAUUAGUUGACUUGCCUUUUAAUGUUGUUUCUUGUUUGACCCUUUUCCAGGAUGGUGUUCUGCAUUAAAGAUCCUCAUGCUCUGAGCUUACAACAGGAAGUUACGUUUGUAAAAUGCAAGGACGAAUGGAGGAAAAGUUCAAAAAGGUGAUUUUUUUUUUUUAUCUAAUCAACUAUUAUUUUCUUCGUGCAAUACUUUUUUCCUGGAUUAUUGCCAGUCGGGUCCAUUGAUUAGACAAAUAUUAACCCUGUGUUUGCUUUACAGAGUGAACCUGGGGAACCACUAACACUGAAUGUACGGAGCAACAGACAAAUGUCCUCCUUCCACUUCCGCAGCUCUUAGAGAAAUUAUUUUUACAGCUGUAAUUUAUUUUGUCUUUCAAACUAUACAAAGACAUUAUCACAUUGUAUAUCGUGUACAGAACUAGAACUGUGUGUUAUUUAAAAAUGUUUGUGAUUAUGUGAACAAUCUUUUUUGUAAGCACUGCUUUUGUGGCACAUCAACUACGGUGUGGUGCUAAAGGAUAGUAAAUGCCAUCGUCUUUGCUGGUUUUCUGGCAACCCCAAAGAGAUGGUUCUUAUACAAAGUCUUUGGUGCCUCUGAUUGACAGAGACCCAUUGACAGGCUGAGUAGAGGCCUCGAGGUACCUGCAGUUCAAACCUCAUGUGUUUCCUUACUUUAUGCUUAACAAAGCAUUCACCAUUGUCGUCCUCAAUACUAUGUGAUUGUAGGAUCGGACUCCGUGUGCCUUAAAAUAACUUGUUGUCAAUGAACUUGUCUUAACCUACUGUAUGUAUUUUUUGUUGUUGUUGAUGACAGUGUACGUUUUUUUUUAUAGUGAGUUGUAUCUUUUACCUGGUCUUUGAGACAGUAAUAUUCGUGAGGUCCGAAGUGCACAUUAUUUCCGAGAACUUUGUGAAUUUAGUCAAGCACUUGAGCAAUAAUGCAAUGGCUGCUAUUUUUACACAGUAUAUUAAUUUGAAACCAGCAAUAGUGAGGCCUUUGCAGCAAAAUACGGUGCAUAUCAGUGAGAACCAUUAUUUUUGUAGUUAUUACAAUGUUAUAAAUAUGUUAUACUAGAUUUUUUUUUUUUUUAACAAUGAUUCAUAUGGAACUGUUACCUCUAGCAAGUGCUUAUGUGAUGUAUUUUGACUAACAUAUCCAUGGUUGCUGCUAAACUAUAAAACUAUAAACUAACUAUAAUGCUCAUUUAGCUGUGGAUGUCAUUUUAUAAUUGUGACCAGGUAGCUUCACUCAAAGAAGUCAAUGAGUGGUUAUUGUGAAGUGAGCUGACAUCAGCAAUAGAAACAUGACAGCCUUCUUCAGUAGACUGUGCACAGUGGACUUGCAUCAUCGUUACAGUUAAUAAUUGCCUAGUAAUAUAUCUGAUUGUCAGACUAUUUUAACAGCAGUAGAGUAGGCUAUUUAUAACUAAUAUUAUACAUUUAGAGAUCGGUAUUGUAAUCAUUGUGACUUAUUUCAUUUCUGCCUGUUCUAUUGAGCCUGUAGAAAAGGUGGAGAUGUAAAACUUUUGCACUGAAAACAGAGGAAAGGGUUACUAAACCAGUUGCUAAGUGCACCAUGUGUAAAUAUCCUAUUAGCAUAUGAUUCUAUGGUAAAGAAUAUUACAAUAUAUUUUUUACCCUCUUAUCUUUUUUUAUUAUAUCUGCAAUCGGUAUACUGUAUAUACACCUGUAAAUAUGUGACUAUAUACAUACUUUAAUAAAUUGGAACUGCUAUUUUGAAGUUGAAUGAGUGUUU